UCGCGAAAUUUCCCGAACGUAGUGAGUUUCCGGAAUAGGAGAGAUACACACACGCGGGGUGAGCGGCACAUUUAGUAGAAAUAAAAGUAACAAAAAACAGCUGUGUGUAUUUAGUUUGUGUCGCGAGCCGAGCGUGAUGUCUGUACUGUGUUAUAAUAAAGGCUGCGGACAGAGAUUUGAUCCAGAAAACAAUCCGGAGGAUGUCUGCACGUAUCAUCCUGGAGUCCCUGUGUUUCAUGAUGCUCUAAAGGGUUGGUCGUGUUGUAAGAGACGGACAACAGACUUCUCAGAUUUUCUGAGUAUUGUGGGCUGCACUAAAGGCCAUCAUAACAAAGAGAAACCACUGGAACCAGUGAAACCAGAGGUGAAGAUCACAGUAGAGAAGAAAGAGUUGGAAGAUCUCAAACCUAGAUUUAGUGAGUUUGUCAUUCAGGCUCCUAAACCACUGGAGCUCAUACAACGACCAAGUGGCGUUGAGCCGUUGGUGGAGCUUCAGAGGAAGGUGGCUCCGUCUCUAAAGCAGAUGCUUGAGAAGCUGAGGCUAGAAGACAACAGUCGGCUUUCAGAGAAAGAAGAAGAAGGAAAUGAAGUCCAGCCUGGGACAGCGUGUAAAAAUGGAGGCUGCUCAAAGACCUAUGACAGCCCAAAGACGGAUGAAGAAACGUGUUUAUAUCAUCCUGGAGUGCCUAUCUUCCACGAAGGGAUGAAGUAUUGGAGCUGCUGUAAGAGGAAGACGUCUGAUUUUAACACAUUUCUAUCUCAGGAGGGCUGCAGUCAAGGAUCACACCAAUGGAGAAAAGACACGGGUAAGAAAGUGGCUCCCUGUAGAUUUGAUUGGCAUCAGACAGGAAGUCAGGUUACUGUGUCCAUAUACGCUAAGAACUGCAAUCCUGAACUGUCGCUCAUGGAGGCCAACAGCACCUCGUUGAAGAUCUAUCUUAACUUUGAGAGAGAAAAGGAGUUUGAGCUGAAUAUAAAUCUGUGGGGAGUCAUUGACGUCAGUAAGAGCAUCGUCAACAUGAUGGCCGCCAAAGUCGAGAUCGUCAUGAAGAAGGCAGAGCCGAUGUCAUGGGCGCGUCUCGACCUCCCCCCUCCAAAACCUGAAGCAGCCAAUGAGAAGAAAAAAAAUGGAAUGACAUUGAAUGCAUAGGGAACCAGAUAUAUAACAGACAUAUAACUCGUAUAGACUCUUCAGAUUCUCAGAUAUACGCACACGGAUUGCAAGGACAUCAUCUAGUACGUUUGAAGUCUUCUGCGCUGGACACAUGAUCACAAGCUCAACUUAUAUUUACUUUAUGAGAGUUCAUAAGAAUCGGUUGUGCAUUUGAAUCAUCUAGGAUAUGAACAACUUUUAUAUGUUUUAAAAAGACACUGCAACCUUGUGACAAUGAUAAACAUCUUCUGUGCUUUCUUUGACUUGACAUAUUUCACAGGAAUCUGUACUCAAAUUACGUUUGUCCACAUGAAGCUUUCAUUUCACUAUCUUUGUAUUGUCCUGUUUUAGUUUUUCAUCAGUCAAUAUCUAGCCAAGCAAACGCCUUUGUAUCAUGGUUUUAGGUGGCUUUUUGUUGACCUUAACUGUCAUUUCUUGUUUUACUUCCUAUUUAGUCCAUGACAAUACAUUUUUGUCAUUUUAUACUGGAAAGCAGUAUAAACCACACACGAGACGUUACUGUUUUCCUCUCAAGGGACCAAUCAGAAUCCAUCUGCUGCAGGUCAUGCAUCAUUUUAAUAGAGUAUCAAUGUGUUUGUCUCACGGGCUGUGUCACGUGUUACUUGAAAUAUUAAA